CUCCGGUCACGCGGGGCGCCGGUGGUGGCGCUCUCGCGAGAGUUGCGGGUGUAUGUGGGCAGUGCGGGCGGAAGUGCGUUCCUUUCCCGCGGCGCCGAGGCCCGAGCAGGAUGAAGCUCAACAUCUCUUUCCCAGCCACUGGCUGCCAGAAACUCAUUGAAGUGGAUGAUGAGCGCAAGCUGAGAACAUUCUAUGAGAAACGGAUGGCCACGGAGGUCCUGGCUGAUUCCCUUGGUGAGGAGUGGAAAGGAUAUGUUGUCCGGAUCAGCGGUGGCAAUGACAAGCAAGGCUUCCCCAUGAAGCAGGGUGUCCUGACUCAUGGACGCGUCCGCCUUUUGCUCAGCAAGGGCCAUUCCUGCUACCGCCCCAGAAGGACUGGAGAGAGAAAGCGCAAAUCCGUUCGUGGCUGCAUCGUUGAUGCCAACUUAAGUGUCCUGAACUUGGUCAUAGUGAAAAAAGGUGAAAAGGACAUUCCUGGGCUGACUGACACAACUGUGCCCCGUCGUCUUGGUCCCAAGAGGGCGAGCAGGAUCCGCAAGCUGUUCAACCUGUCUAAGGAGGAUGAUGUUCGCCAGUAUGUUGUGAGGAAGCCUCUGAACAAAGAGGGAAAGAAACCCAGAACCAAGGCUCCUAAGAUCCAGCGGCUGGUGACUCCUCGGGUGCUGCAGCAUAAGCGCAGACGCAUUGCUCUGAAGAAGCAACGCACUCAGAAGAACAAGGAGGAGGCAGCAGAAUACGCAAAGCUCUUGGCCAAGAGAAUGAAGGAAGCCAAGGAGAAACGCCAGGAGCAGAUUGCAAAGAGACGCCGGCUUUCUUCAUUGAGAGCUUCUACAUCUAAGUCUGAAUCAAGUCAGAAGUAAAGAUGUACAUGAUAUUAAAAAUAAACCCUUUUUGUGGUUAA